UGGGCGUCAGCCGCGCGGGACGGUUGAGCAGGAGGAGAGCGCCAUGGCGGCAGCAGCCUGGCAGCGCCCCUACCUGAACAUCUUCAAGCACUUCCGUGUGGAGGAGUGGAAGCGCUCGGCCAAGGAGGGGGACGUGGCCGCCCUCACGGAUGCGAGGCUGAAGGGAACUGUCUACCGGAUCCGGGGCUCCCUCCCUGCCAGCAGCUACCUGCAGCUGCCCCGGACGGGGACGCAGUCGCUGGGGCUGGUGGGACGCUACCUCUACCUGCUCUUCAAACCCAUACCCUGCAAGCACUUCGUUGUCCACCUGGAUGUCACCACCGAGGAAAUCCAGGUGGUUCGCAUCUCUUUCUCCAACCUUUUCAAGGAGUUCAAAUCCACGGCCACCUGGCUGCAGUUCCCCUUCGUCUGCAGAGCAGCUGAGGGCUCGGUGGGCAACCACACGUCCAGGACAUCCAAACGCGAUCUCAUGGGAGCAGCCCCUGCUGACGUGCGCUGGACCUGCCUGGUGCUUGACCUCCACUCCAUCCUCUCCCUCUACCUCAACCGCCGUUACAGCCACCUGAAGAGUGUCAAACUCUGCUCCAACCUGCUGGUGAAAACCCUCUGCACAAGUGACUUGGUGUUCAUCCCAGGUGUGAGCUUCUCCGAGGCCCGGCAAGCCGACCUGGCCUCUCGCGGGGUGGCUCCCAUGCCACGGGACAUGGCUUUCCCGGUGCCGAAGGGACAGAAGUGGCACGACCUCUAUGACUACAUCAGGUUCCCAUCCGAGGGGUCCAAGCUGCCAUACGACUCCAUCCAGAAGAGGUGUCCCAGUCCUGUGGCAGGUGGCCAAGACCCAGAGGAUCCCAUCUGCCAACUGCCCCAGCCCGUGACGCUCACCAAAGCGGUCCGUGACCGACUGUCGCUGGUCCAUCAGUUAACCAGUCCCAAAGCUAUGCCCCGCCGGAGUCCCGUAGUUACGAAAAGCAUCCCUGAGGUUCACCUGGCAGCCCCGUGGCCUCCAAGAGCUGUGCCUGCUGCAGACCAGGAGCUAGAGAAGAACCAGAAACUACACGGUGCAGGGCACUCUGGGCAGCCACCAGCAGUCACUGAUGGUGGCAUCCACGUGUACGCUCACCAGAAGAGCGAGCGACCCAUCCGAGCUGUCCACACCAGCUCUGAGGAGAGGCUCUUGCCAGAUCCCAUCCUGAAGCUGCGGAGGAUUAUUGGCUUUGGAGGCUGCAGUACAAAGUGGGCACUGUGGACCCGGAGCAGCUCUGUGGUGAUCUACCCCUGCCAUGCUGUUAUAGUGGCCCUGCAAAUCCAGACUGGGGAGCAGAGAUUCUUCAUUGGACACACGGAUAAGGUGUCUUCGCUGGCCUUCAAUGGGAACAGCAACUUGCUGGCUUCCGCGCAGAGUGGUCCCCUGAGCAUCAUGCGCCUCUGGGACUUCCCAACUGGCAGCUGCCUCUCAGUGUUUAAACCCCACAUCCGCUCCAUCCUGUCCCUGAGCUUCUCCUACAGCGGAGCCGUUCUGUGUGCGGUUGGAAAGGAUGGGCACGGCAAAACGAUGGUGGUGGUAUGGAACACUGCUCAGGUGACCCGUGGUGGAGAAGUGGCUGUGCUGGCCAAAGCACACACAGAUGUGGACAUCCAGGCUUUGAAGAUUGCUUUUUUUGAUGAUACCAGGAUGGUGUCAUGCGGCCGAGACAACAUCAGGCUGUGGCGAGUGCGGAGUGGAGCGCUGCGUUCGUGUCCUGUCAAUCUGGGCGAGUACCAUUCCCUGGAGUUCACUGACUUGGCCUUUGAGGAGGGGCAUACGGCUGAGCGGGAGCCGGAGGAUCGAACGCUCUUCGUCUGCAGCAAGAGUGGCCACGUCUUGGAGGUGGACUACAAGAACAUCUGCGUGAGGAGCACCCGGCGCCUUCUGCCUGCCCAGCCCCAGGGCAGCCAGCGGCAGGAGAAGGCAGGCAGCAGCGCAGGCCCUGGAAUCGCUAUAAACAGUAUUAGCAUCUCCUCAAGCUUCUGUGCCACGGGAUCAGAGGAUGGCUACCUGCGGCUGUGGCCACUGGACUUCUCAGCUGUUAUCUUGGAGGCAGAGCACGAGGCUCCGGUGAGUUGUGUCUCCAUCAGCCCCGACAGUCGCAAGGUCUUGUGCACGACCGCUGCUGGCAAUCUGGGCUGCCUGGACAUCCAGUCCCGGGACUACAACACCCUCAUGCGCUCCCACGAGGACUCCAUUUUGGCAUUCUCGGUAGAGGGGGUUUGGAAGCAGCUGGCAACGGUGUCUCAGGACCAUACCAUCCGCAUCUGGGACCUGGUCUCCAUGGAGCAGCUGUACGACUUCACGGCUGCAGAGGAGAUGCCGUGUGCUGUGGCCUUCCACCCUACCCAGCAGAUCCUGGCCUGUGGCUUUGACAGCGGGAUGGUACGGAUCUUCAGCCUGGCUGCUUCCGAUCUCCUGGUGGAGCACAAGCAGCACCGCACUGUGGUCACCGGGCUGACCUUCUCUCCGGAUGGCAAGUUCAUGUUCAGCUCCUGUUUGCAGGGAACACUGGCUCUUUACAGCUGCGUGGAGCAGAAAAGCCACAUCCAGAGAGUCCUGGGCAAUGUGGUGGCCCGAGAUGUUGGGAGCAGUCCUGAUGCUUUGGUGGUCAGUGAGGACAGCCGUCUCUUGGCCUUCGUGGGUCCUUCCAAGCACGUUGUGACCGUGAUGGAGGCCUGCUCUCUAGACGAGCUGCUGAGGGUGGAUAUCAGCAUUCUCGAUGUGACCAGCACAGUCCUGGACUCCGCAGUGAGACUCUGCUUUGCUCCGGUGCCUCAAGGCGAGCUCCUGGUGUCCACAGCUUCCAAUAAAAUCCUUGUGCUUGAUGCAGAAACAGGACGACUGGUGCGAGAGGUGUCUCCUGUGCACAAGCUCUCCUGUUCUUCCUUGGCUCUCAGCAACGAUGGCAGAUACCUGCUCACUGCUGGUGAUAAGGUUAUCAAAGUGUGGGACUACCAGAUGCGCUUCGAUGUCAACUUCCAGGUCUACAUCGGGCACUCGGAGCCAGUGCACCGGGUGGCCUUCACCCCAGACCAACGGCACGUCAUCAGCGUUGGAGAUGCCAUCUUCCUCUGGGAUUUCCUGGCUCUGCCUGCAGAGGGGUCACCCCCAGCUGAGGCUUGUUUCUCCAAGUCUGCUCUGCUGCUGGGAGCAGAAGGGAGCUCUGAGGAGCUAAAGGAUGCCUCUGAUAUACCUCGGCAGACGGUUCCUCUGCCAUUCUUGUCCUCGCCACCAUGUUUGGAUGUCAGCUCUGUCCACCAAGCAGGAUGUCAAAGUAUUUUCUCCGAGUCGGACAAAGAGGAGGAAGCAGCUCUGCCAGGAUGCAGCAGGAUGGUAGCGAAUGGAGACAAAGAUGCCUCAGUCCUUGUGGUGGAGUCGGUCAGGAGCAAGGAGCUCGUUGUGAGGCCCAAAGUAAGGCAGGAGAGCUCGAGGUCUCCCAGAGAAUCAGCAAACGAACCCAGAAAGGAGACCAAAAGUCCCAAGUCCCGGUGCUCCAUCCGCCCAGAUUCUUACCGGCAUUUCACUCCUCGCUUCAAGGCAUCGGUGCUCCCGCAGAGUUUCUUAUCUCCUCCAGCUGGCAGGGAGGUCCUGAAGCUGAAAGCAGUGAUUGGCUACAACGGGAACGGCAGAGGGAAUAUGGUGUGGGACCCAGACACAGGCUUUUUCGCCUACACCUGCGGCUGUAUCAUCGUGGUUGAAGACCUGCACUCCGGUUCACAGAAUCACUGGUUUGGCCAUGUAGAGGAGAUCUCUACACUCGCCAUCAGCCACGAUGGCCAGGUUCUUGCCUCUGCCUCAGGAAAGAGGAACGGGGACUCCCAUUGUCAGAUCUGCAUCUGGAAUGUCCAGGAUGGGGUUUGCACAGCCAGUCUCUUCCAUCACGAGACACAAAUACAAGCCAUGGCAUUCUCUCAGGAUGACAGAUUCCUUGUGACCGUUGGGGACUACAGCGACCGAACCAUUGCUCUGUGGAAUACCUGCACCUACGAACUCAUGUCAUCGACUCUGAUCUCUGAGCCAGUUCACGACAUGGCUUUUAGUCCCUUUUCUCACAGAGAACUGGCCUGUGUGGGGACGGGAGCUGUGGUGUUUUGGCUGUUGGAGGAGCAGGGAGCUGAUGUUAACCUCAAGGUUCAUCGGGCUCCGGCUCCAGACGUAUUAGGGCCGGUGGAGCUGACCUCUCUCUGCCACGGUGACGAUGCUGUUCUUUACAGCGGCACCAACUCAGGCCAGAUCUGCCUGUGGGACACCGAGACGAAAAGCUGCUUCAUGAUGUGGGAGGCCGACGAGGGCGAGAUCGGUGUGCUGGUGUGUGGGCACAACAGGCUGGUGAGCGGCAGCAACACGAAGCGCAUCCGCCUGUGGGCAGUGGCAGCCAUGCAGGAGCUGAGGCUGAAAGGUCCUGACACCAGGUCUGGCUCCGUCAUGCUAGAACACGAGAUUACCCUCGACGGGACGAUAGUCAGCGCAGCCUUUGACAACUCCCUAGAAAUAGGAAUUGUGGGCACCACAGCAGGAACGCUGUGGUACAUCAACUGGAUAGAGAGCACAAGCAUCCGAUUGAUCAGCGGCCACAAGAACAAGGUGACUGAAGUGUGCUUCAGUCCCGACGAGACUCACUGCGUCACAUGCGGGGAGGACGGCAGCGUGAGGAUUUGGUCUCUGGGGAGUAUGGAGCUGGUGGUACAGUUCCAGGUGCUCAACCAGAGCUGCCAGUGCCUGGCCUGGAAGCCUCGUCCCGUCGUUGCGUGGGGAGCUGAGAGCCAGCAUGUGGUGGCAGGGUACAGUGAUGGCACCAUCCGCGUGUUCAGCAUUUCCAGGACAGAGAUGGAGCUGAAAAUGCACCCCCAUGCCGUGGCAUUGACGGCAAUUGCGUACUCCACAGACGGAGAAAUGAUCUUAUCAGGGGCCAAGGAUGGGCUUGUAGCUGUCAGCAACCCUCGCACCGGAAUGACCAUCCGUGUCCUCACUGACCACAAAGGCUCCCCCAUCACCGUCCUCCAGUGCACCAGGAAGCAGUACCGCGACUUUGGGGUGGAAGGAGGCGAGCUCUGGCUGGCCACCAGCUUGGACCGGCGGGUCAGCGUCUGGGCCUCUGACUGGCUGAAGGAUAAGUGCGAGCUCCUCGACUGGCUCAGCUUCCCGGCUCCUGCCGGCCCCGAGGAUGUUGGCAGCCUCCCGCCCAGCCUGGCCGCCUUCUGCCCUUGGGAACCUGGUACCCUGGUCUACGUCGGCUUUGGGAUGCAGCAGGAAGCUUUGUUUUACAGCCUGCACAAGAAACAGGUAGUUGAGAAGAUCUCAUUGCCGUACUUUGCUGCGUCGCUCAGCCUGUCACCUGCAGCGUGCUUCAUGGCUGUCGGCUUCGGCGAACGCCUCCUGCGGCUGCUGCCCUGCCCUGACGGCCCUGCGCAGGACUACACCGGCCACGAUGACACAGUCCAUCGCUGCUGCUUUGCCCCCUCCGGCCGUCGCCUCCUCACGGCCUCCCACAGCGCCAUCCUGCUCUGGGAACUCACAGGAGGCUGAGAGGGGGCUGUCCCGCACCAGGCGCACUUCUCUGGCAGGGGGAGAGGAAGGCUGGGGGUUUCCUUGCUCUAGGGCCUGGCCUGGGACGCACCCAGGCCUGGGCUUCAGCCUAGGAGAGGCCAGGGCUUUAGUCCCCAACCUGGCCUGGGCUGAGGCCUCAGCAGGACUCCAUCUUGGACCACGUUGACACCCUGGCUUGGGCCUCAUCGAGGACCCAUCUUGGACCUCACCCCAGCUCCAUCUUGGGCCUUACCCAAGCCCUGGAUUGGGCCCCGUUGAGACCCCGUCUUGGGCCUCAUUCAGACCCCGUCUUGGGCCUCUUUCAGACCCUGUCUUGGACCUCAGGGAGACGCUGGCCAGAGUUCAGGCCCAGGCCGGGCCCCGGCUUCAGGCCCCGCUGUCAUCCCGCGUUGCCUGGCCCGGCCCCGGGGUGUUUUGUAGCCCUAUUUGCCGGUUUUGAGUGUUUUUUUCCUUUGGUUAAUAAAACAUGGAAAGCUGAAGC